CUUGUCGUGGACACAGUCGAGAGGAGAUGAAGCCGCCUCUCACUUCUUCUGCUUCGUCCUGCUCCUGCACCUCUCUCCUCCUCAGAAAGCUCCGUCUCCCGCCUUAUUACCUCCUCACCUUCCUCGCCUUACUCCUCUACGCCAUUUUUUCAGGCAAGGAGUUCCUCUGCAUCUUCAGCCAGCUCCAUUUCCACGCCGAUCCCGUCUCCGAUCACUCCAACAGAAAAAACGAUUCGACGAAAAUAUUGACGUUUGCGGUGGGCGAGACCGAGACGGAGAAAGGUUGUGACGUAUUCAGCGGGAGGUGGGUGAGGGACGAGUCGACUCGGCCGCUUUACGAGGAAUCAGAGUGCCCGUACAUACAGCCGCAGCUGACGUGUCAAGAACACGGCCGCCCGGAGAAGGAGUAUCAGUUCUGGCGAUGGCAACCCCACGCCUGUUCUCUUCCAGGUUUCAAUGCGACGCUAAUGCUGGAGACGCUUCGAGGGAAAAGGAUGAUGUUCGUAGGCGAUUCUCUAAACCGCGGCCAGUUCGUUUCCAUGGUUUGUCUUCUCCACAGAGCCAUCCCAGAAGCUGCCAAAUCCAUGGAAACCAAUGGUUCCCUAACCAUUUUCAGAGCUAAGGAUUACAACGCGUCUGUUGAAUUCUACUGGGCGCCUUUCCUGUUAGAAUCAAACGCCGAUGACGCCGUCAUACACAGGCUGUCGGACAGAAUUGUCCGGCGAGGCUCCAUUAACAAGCACGGCCGGCACUGGAAAGGAGUCGACAUUUUGGUCUUCAAUACCUAUCUUUGGUGGAUGACCGGGGCCAAGUUCAAGAUACUCCAAGGGUCCUUUCAGGACGAAGUGAAAGAAAUCGUGGAGCUGCCGACAGAAGAUGCUUAUCGUUUGGCAAUCAAGAGUAUGGUGAGAUGGAUUAGGAAAAACAUGAAUCCCAAGACAACCAGGGUCUUCUUCGCCAGCAUGUCGCCGUCUCACCAGAAGAGCGUUGAAUGGGGAGGCGAGGAGACCGGCAACUGCUACAACGAAACUGCGAUCAUUGAAGAUCCGGCGUACUGGGGAUCGGACACGAAGCGGAGCAUAAUGGAGGUGAUUGGAGAAGUGCUAAGGGGAAGCCAAUCAAAGGUGAAGAUUACGUUUUUGAACAUAACCCAACUUUCCGGAUACCGGAAGGACGCCCACACGUCGAUCUACAAGAAGCAAUGGCGGCCACUGACGGCAGAGCAGCUGGCCAAUCCGGUGAGCUAUGCCGACUGCAUCCACUGGUGCUUGCCGGGGCUUCAAGACACUUGGAAUGAGCUCCUCUUCGCCAAGCUUUUCUACCCAUGAAAUCAUUAAAAAACUUAAAAUUACUUGAAUGUGAAGAAAGCAGCUCAUUUGAAAGUCACAUGGUUCGUCAAUGUUACUUAACAGAACAUAUAUAUAUUUUUUGGAAAAAUGAAAAAUUUAUAAUCCAUAUGAUUGAAUUUGUUGAGACUGAUGUAAUAUCCAAGUAGGUAGAAGUCUUCAAACCGUAAUUGUUC